GUCUCCGACUAGCUGUGGAACCAGAUCUCUGAGACAGAGAGAGGAUCGUUGACCGUUGACCGAUCCAACCAAUGGCUCAGAUCUUCGAGCACUUCGUCGUCUGCGGCAUCGGGCCGGAGAUUCGAACCCUCGACGGCGGCAGAGGAUUCCACGGCUUCGCCGAAAUGUACCUCCCGUCUUUGCUCGACCAGUUCCCUCCCGCCAACCACACUCUCUAUCCUCCUCCGCCGCCUCAGCUCCCCACCUGUGUGCUGCCAGCUGGCGUUUCGUUCUACUCCUCGGGGUUUGAUGCUAACGAUGCGACGACGUUUCCGCGGAGCUAUCCCAUUGUUCUUACUGAGGGUGAUGGUUCAAAAAUCUAUGUUAGUUGCAUUGCUUUCCGGGAUCCAGUGAGUGAGGAUAUUGCGGAAGCUUAUUGUAUACCGGCAAAUUCAUUUGCUGAAAAAUGUAUAUGUCUAGUUUCGCGGUCACCUAGUCUCCGUUUACUUAAAAAUGUACUCGAGGAGUUGUUUGCUCUCUGUUUUUCCUCUAGCGGAAGCAGCAAACCAUUAUGGGAUAUCAUUGCAUCUAUGGUAUCCAAUGUACCUCUGCCUACCCCUGGAAAAGAUCGAGUUUUGUUCGCUAUCGACAAUGUUCUGCUUUCUGUGGAGACUCCACCAAAGGAUGGGCUCCCCCAUGUUGAUAUAUCGUUUCAGCCAUUGGUACAGUGUCUAGAUGUUGACAACUUGAUUAAAUUUUUCACAGCCGUGCUGCUUGAAAGAAGGAUUUUGAUCCGGUCACACAAAUAUUCCCUUUUGACCCUUGCAUCAGAAGCUAUUUGCUAUUUAAUUUAUCCAUUUCGGUGGCAGCAAGUCUACAUUCCGUUACUCUUUUUCAGUGGAGUAGACUAUAUUGAUGCCCCCACACCGUAUAUGAUGGGUCUUCAUUCAGGUGUUGAUACAUCUACUCUAGCAAUGGAUGGUGUAGUUAUUGUGGACCUUGAGUUCAAUCGUAUCACAACAACAGAAGAUAUACCUUCUAUUCCUGAGCCAGAACUAAGCUGUUUACGUCAGGAUCUAACGCAGCUAUUGUAUCCCAAUGUUGUGGGGAUAGAUCUGAUGAAGGAUGGUCUUUUCAAUUCAUCCGAGCAAUAUCCUAAACUUGGCAACAAACCUUGGGGAGAGGAUCAUGAACUACAACUUAGAUUAGUGUUCUUAAAGUUCUUUGCAUCGCUUUUAAGUGGUUAUCGGAACUUCAUAGAACUUUCUGCUACUCACGUCUUCAACGUUCAAGCAUACUUGAAGAUGCGCUCUCGUUCAACUCAGCAACCCCCAGAACCCAUGCUGACACAAUUUCUGGAAUCACAUGGUUUCAUGGAUUAUCUGGAAAGAGGUUUGGGUUCUGAUGAAAACAACAAUAACCUACUUGACAAGUUACAAGAUGCACUGGGAAGGGGCCAAAAUCCUAUUUCAAUUCUUCCUUCAAAUUCAGUGGAGCCUGAGAUUAUAACAAUUGCAGAUACAGAUGUGGGAACAUCAGGUGGCACAUACACUUAUGACAGGUUUCCCUCAAACAUCAGGACAGAAGAGGAAGAAGAAAAAAGGAAGCAAACUCUUGCUGCAGCAAGUGGUUUAUCUGCUAGCGCACCUUCUGUCCUUACUGGUAAAGACCCCAAAUCAGAUCCAUUGGAGCGGGCUGCUGAAAGGGAAUGUAUGGUUUUGGACAUCAAAGUUAAGCUGCAGGGAUGGCACUGUCAGUUAACUGAAGAACAAUUUAUUGCUGUGAAGGAACUGCUGAAAACAGCUAUCAGCCGUGCAACCUCCAGAAAUGAUUGGAUGACCAUCAGAGACGCCCUUGAAGUGUCUGCUGAAAUGUUCAAGAAGGAUGGAAAUAAUGUUUCAGAUUAUGUUCAGCGUCAUCUUAUUUCUUUGUCCAUCUGGGAGGAAUUACGCUUUUGGGAAAGCUACUUUGACUGUUUAAUGGAGCGUUCUGCAAACAAGUCGGCCAACUAUGCCUCUUUGGUGACUGAUCAGCUAUCUUUGGUGGAAUUACACAUGGCCGGACUGGGACUUCCUGAUCUUGAUGCAUGGUACAUGAUUGAAACAAUAGCUGAGAAGAACAAUAUUGGAUACACACAAUUUAUAAAGCUGAGGGGGUUGUUGUCACAUGUUCAACAACUGCGGAUUGGUUACUGGGGAAUCAGUUCUUUCAAGGCCCAAUCCAUGUCUCAUGGAUUAGCAUCUCCACGUUCAAAAGACGCCACAGUUGAGAGUCAGCAACCUGCCGAGGCCUCUGGUGUUGGGAGGAGCUGGGUUCAGAGCAUGUUCAGCAGGGAUAAUUCAGCCAGACUCAACUCUUUCAGUCGUGUUCGCAAAUGGACUGAUGGUGGCUCUUCAGCUACAAAUGAAAAUGGGACAUCCCGGAAGCGAGAAGUAUCAGCAGCUGGACAGAAGAAAACCCAAACCAAUGUUCGAGUACUCCGAGGUCAUACUGGCCCAAUUACUGCUCUACAUUGUGUAACAAGGAGGGAAGUUUGGGAUCUUGUGGGUGACCGUGAAGACGCAGGUUUGUUCAUCAGUGGGAGCACAGACUGCACGGUUAAGAUCUGGGAUCCUAGUUUUCGUGGUAACGAACGUCGGGCAACUUUGAAAGGACACACAAGAACCAUUCGUGCAAUAAGUUCGGAUCGAGGAAAAGUGGUAUCUGGAUCAGAUGAUCAAUCUGUUUUAGUAUGGGAUAAGCAAACUACUCAGCUUCUGGAAGAGUUAAAAGGCCAUGAUGCACAGAUUAGCUGUGCUCGCAUGCUGUCAGGGGAACGUGUUCUUACUGCUGCUCACGAUGGAACUGUUAAAAUGUGGGAUGUUAGAACUGAUACUUGUGUGGCAACUGUUGGUCGUUGCUCUAGUGCCGUCCUAUGCAUGGAAUACGAUGACUCCACAGGAAUCCUAGCUGCUGGUGGUAGAGAUGCCAUUGCUAACAUCUGGGACAUUCGCGCCGGUAGGCAAAUGCACAAGCUUCUAGGGCACACAAAAUGGAUCCGGUCGAUUAGAAUGGUGGGGGAUACAGUGGUUACUGGUAGUGAUGAUUGGACUGCAAGAAUGUGGUCCAUUUCCAGAGGAACAUGUGAUGCUGUUCUUGCAUGCCAUGCUGGUCCAAUAUUAUCCGUUGAGUACUCCCAACUUGACAGAGGAAUAAUCACAGGUUCAACGGAUGGCUUACUUCGCUUUUGGGAAAAUGUAGAAGGAGGCAUAAGAUGUGUAAAAAAUGUCACUGUUCAUACUGCUGCUGUAUUGUCCAUCAAUGCUGCGGAACAUUGGUUAGGAAUUGGAGCAGCUGAUAAUUCCAUGUCUCUUUUUCAUCGGCCUCAAGAGAAACUUGGCGGCUUUUCUAAUACGGGAUCAAAAAUGGCUGGGUGGCAACUAUACCGAACACCACAAAGAACAGCUGCUGUGGUAAGAUGCGUUGCUACAGACCUCGAGAGAAAAAGGAUAUGCAGUGGUGACCGCAAGGGCCAGCUUAGGCUGUGGGAAGCCACUAUAAACAUCUGAGUCUUGCAUUUGUGUAUUUUAUUCGAAUACGAAUUGAGAAUGUCAUAGCCUCAUAGGUACUUCUGAAAACAAAGAAGUGAAAGAACAAUAUGUGAAAUAUAUCAAAGUUGUAUGUUUGUAAUUACUUACGGUAUUUCCAAAAAAAGGGAACAGGGGCUGUUGUUGCCGCCUUUAAUGUAGUAUAUGAAUGGUAUACAGUAUUCUCGCGCA